GGACUUUCUCAGAUCCUCCCUCCAGCAGGCGGUGGGCUUUCAGGCAGGGGGGGUACUGGCAAAUGAACUGAUUGAAAGCCUUGUCUAAUCUGGUAAAAGGAGAGUUUUAGUAUCUUUAAGGCUCUUCUGGAAGACCAUGGCUCUCCUCAGGAUCCAUCAGGAGCCUUUGCUGGUGGUUUUAUUGCAGAUUAUGUUGAUUUGCUCUGCUCAGAGGGGCCCACCUGGUCCCAGAGGGUCCCCUGGACCGCCUGGCAUCCCUGGAGUACCUGGAGUGGAUGGAAUUGAUGGCGAAAGAGGAGAAGACUCCACUGUAACUGGACCAAUAGGUCCUGCCGGAGAUAAUGGCAAGGACGGGUCUUCUGGAGCUCCAGGCGUUCCAGGAGCAGAUGGACUUGUGGGACCUCCAGGAGAUCCAGGCCCUGUGGGCUCAAAAGGCUCAAAAGGGGAACCUGGAGGCCGGGGACCUGCUAGAGAACCUGGUGUAGGACCUGAUGGAACCGAUGGUAUUCCUGGUACAGAUGGGCUACCAGGUGAACUGGGAAGAGCAGGACCCUCUGGAGUAAAAGGAAGGAGAGGUCCCGUCGGUCUACCUGGUCCUGCUGGUCCUCGGGGACCUCCAGCUGUUUACCAGGGUGAGGACCUGUGUCCAAAUGCCUGCCCUGCAGGUCUGACUGGAUAUUCUGGACUCCCUGGGAUGAAAGGCCACAAAGGGGCUAAGGGCGAAUCAGGUGAGCCCGGAAGACAAGGACACAAGGGGGAGGAGGGCGAUCAGGGACCCCCUGGUGAAGUUGGAGCUCAAGGACUGCCAGGCCAAGGUGGACCAAGAGGCCUUCCAGGAAUAAUGGGCCCCAAAGGAGACAGGGGACCUCGCGGAAGGCCUGGUGAUGUAGGUCCUCGGGGAAUUCAGGGAGCACCAGGGGAUCCAGGUCAACGAGGAGCAAUAGGGGAGAGUGGACAGAUAGGAGCGCAGGGGGCCCGGGGCCCACCAGGAAUCAGGGGAGCACCAGGGCCAAAAGGAGAACCUGGCCUUCCUGGUCCAGAUGGUCGUGAGGGAAUACCUGGGCUGCCUGGUUCAAAGGGUCUACCAGGAAAAAGUGGGGCUCCAGGUGAUGCAGGCACACAGGGACUUCCUGGUUUACCAGGUACAUAUGGCCAGAAAGGACACAGCGGUGCUAAGGGCAUCGUAGGGGACCCAGGAGUUGUGGGACUGAUGGGGUCUCCGGGGAAACAAGGGGAGCGUGGAGACCAGGGGGAGGUGGGACCUGCCGGGCCCAGAGGAGGACCUGGUGAGCGUGGGGAGAGAGGACCUGACGGACCUUUAGGAUCACCAGGAGCCAGGGGAGGCAAAGGGGAUCCAGGCUUUCCAGGACUUCCUGGUCCUGCUGGUUACCGAGGUCAAAAGGGGGACAGGGGUUCUGUGGGUCUCACCGGCCCUAAAGGAGACCAGGGACCUUCAGGUGUUGAAGGAAUACCAGGAGAUAAAGGCGAAGUGGGUGAUCAAGGUGAACCAGGAGAGAAAGGAUCGCAAGGUCCACCAGGAGAGACAGGAAACAAGGGACCUGAAGGCGGCCGUGGGCUGCCAGGCAAAGAGGGCAAGCUCGGUCAGCCAGGACCACGAGGCAUGCAGGGAGACACAGGGGUACCGGGACUACCUGGACAGCAGGGACCAGCGGGCAAACCACCAACAGACAGACACAUCAAACAGGUCUGCAUGAGAGUAAUGCAAGAGCAGCUGGCCCAGUUAGCAGCCAGCCUGAGAAGGCCGGAAUCAGGCAUCGCCGGGCUGCCCGGGCCUCCUGGCCCACCUGGACCACCAGGUGCCCCUGGAGAGAAUGGCUUUCCGGGCCACUCUGGGUCAAGAGGUCUCCCUGGUUUUAAGGGUCCACCUGGGUUAAUCGGCCUGAAAGGACCAAAAGGUGACCAGGGAGACCAAGGGGACAGAGGUCCCACACUGAGAGGGUCCAAAGGGGAACCAGGGGUCCCUGGUCUACCAGGUGAACCCGGUCAACCGGCUUAUGGGACAAACGGCCGUGAUGGAGAACGGGGACCACGUGGUGUUCCUGGAAUCAAUGGCGUUCCCGGGCCUCCUGGGCCCGCUGGCAGGAAUGGCUACUGUGAGUCUUCGCAGUGCGUCCUUGCCAUGGUGGCAUCGUUCGGCCUCGAAAAGAACUCUGAGACAAAGGGCCCCAGCGAAAUGUGAGAGAGGACAGAAGCUGAACUCAAAGUGUCAGCAGAACAAAAGGAGUUUUUAAAGCCACCUUUGAGGUUACACUGACAUUAAUGUGGACUCUAAAUAACAUCCAACCAGCUUUGGCAAUUUAUUGUUUUUACCUCAGUUUUUCCAUCUUUGUACUGUAAAAUAAAAGGAACCAUGAUGAAAUGACUGUAGAAAAGGCAAAGACUCACCUGCUAAGUUUCUAACCAAACACUAAGGCAUUCUGCUUCUCUGUAUGUUUAUGUAAAUGUGUCAAUACAUAUAACCGGAUGACAGUAGUUUGAUAGCAUUUUAGGUGGUUUAAAUGUCCUCAUAGAUGUUGGUAACAUUUGAUUAUUUCUGGAUAGAAGGGUGAACAUGUGUGAAAGUAUCUGACACAGUCUUGUAUGAUUUCUUAUUUAUUAUAUCAAGGUUCAAUGUCGUACCUGUAAGUUGUACAAAAGAGGAAAUAUACACAUGUUUUGUAACCAUGGCUGUGUUUUGCAUUUAAACAUUCAUUUACAAACACACUGAUCAUAACCUACAGGAUAUAACUGAAGAUACAGUAACACCCGACAGCUAAGAGGUAGUUAGUCUAAAGCAGACCUGACAAUCCAAGUGCGAAGAUUGAAAGGGAUCAUCAGGCUGGGCAGCUGGGCAUGAAGGAGUGCUCUAAGCAAGUUACAGAAAAAUGUUUAACUGUCAUAUCUGAAUGUGUUUACCAUUUGUUUACUGUAAAUAACUUAUGAUAUUGCACCAUGAACGUUUUUCUGUUCUGAAACAAAUCACCAUUUACAGUUCAGUUAAAAAAAUAUAAAAUAAUUUUUUAGCAAGUGAUUCAUGACGUAAAACAGUCUCACAUUCAGCUCUGAAUGUCUGUCUGCUCGGGUGACUGAAAGCUGAUACUUAAACUAGUAGACGAACUAACUGUGGCUGCAACUUGAGAUCAUGCUUCAGUGUAAUCCACUUAUUCAAGGUUGGUAAAGGUUUGCUCACAUCAUGGUUCCGUUCAUAGACAAAAUAUAUACAUUUUUAGAAGAGGUGAAAGCAGGUGCUGCAGUUUAUGUCUAAGUCCUCUUCAUUUUAAUAGUACAGUGACUUGUAAAGAUAUUUGUAACUGCUUGAACUUUUGACACUUUACAAACACAAACUUCAGCUUUUGUUGGGAUUAAAUGGGACAGACAAAUACAAAGUAGUGCAAAACUGUAAAGUGGAAGGAAUCAUUUUCAACAUUUCUAUCAAAUAAAAUUUUCAAAACUGUA